AUGGAUGAAGAUGAUCAAAUAUCCCUUGAUCAAGAAAUUGACUUUUGUACUCUUGGAAUGUUUAUAAUUGAUGAAAUACAUUACCUCCCACCAACCCCCUCAGUAUACGAUGUUCUUGGAGGCGCCGGUUCCUAUUCCGCCCUAGGAGCUCGUCUUUUUUCUCCACCACCACUCUCCCAAUCUAUCUCCUGGAUAGUCGACAAAGGAUCCGACUUUCCCCCCUCAAUCUCCCACCAAAUUACCACAUGGCAAACCUCCUGCCUAACCCGUACCGACCUCACCCGUCUCACCACUCGCGGUUGGAACGGCUAUGACUCCAACGAAAUGCGCAGUUUCAAAUACACUACUCCAAAACUGCGUCUCGAUGAAACAACCUUAGCUGCUCAUCCACCCCUUUUAUUCGCAAAAUCAUUUCAUCUCAUUUGUUCUCCAACUCGCUGCAUAGAUCUCAUAACCCGCAUUCUCUCUCUCCGCAAAUCCCACUCCCCUCACGCACCCAAACCUCUAUUUAUCUGGGAACCCGUCCCCGAUCUCUGCACCCCAACCCAACUCCUAAACUGUACCAACGUCCUCCCAUACAUCGACGUCCUCUCUCCAAACCACUCUGAACUAGCCGGUUUCAUGGGCGACCAAGAUCUAGGCCUCACUCCUUCAGGAGAAAUCUCCACCGAAGCCGUAGAAAGAUCCUGCGAACAAUUACUCGCAUCCAUGCCCCUCCAAUCCUAUGGAAUCGUCGUCCGUUGCGGAGCACUAGGAUGUUACGUAGCCAAAAACGGCGGAAGGAGUAGACGCGCAAGCAAAAGUCGACGUAAACGUCCAGCAAAUAGAUCGAGAGGUGGAUUAACUCUAGAUAUGAACAUGGAAGAUUUAUUCGCAGGACUGCUGAGCGAUUCGGGGGAAAUAGAAUUUGAAAGAAAUGAUUACCCAGCAGUAGAUCCGGGAAUCGAAAAAUGGAUUCCGGCGUUUCAUCAGGGAGGGGAGCCAGGGGAGGACGAGUUCAAAGAUGAGAAUUUGAAUGAGAAUGGGAAUAGGAAAGUCGUAGAUCCGACGGGAGGCGGUAAUGCUUUUUUGGGUGGUCUAGCAAUUGCGUUGGCGAGGGGGAGGGGUAUCGUAGAAGCUAGUUGCUGGGGGGCUGUAGCGGCUAGUUUUGCGAUCGAACAGGUGGGGGUACCGGAAUUGAGAGAAAGAGGGGGAGAUAGAAGAGAAGAAACUUGGAAUGGAGUAGUAGUUAAAGAGAGACUGAGGGAAUUCCUGGCAAGGGUAAGUGUGGCACCUUCGGAGCCACCUUCUCGGUAG